AGUGUGGGUGAGAUAUAGGAGCACAUCUGAGGACUUGAAGGAAAACUUGCUGCCGAGGACAUUUUGAAGGUUUUGUUGGCUGGAAGAGGUGUUUCUGGAAUCCCACUCCUAGAUCUUUCUUGAAGAUUCGAAAAGAUUUAAAUUAGGGCCAUGGGGACACAGAAGGUCACCGCAUCUCUGAUCUUUGCCAUCAGCGUUGCUACAAUAGGCUCUUUCCAGUUUGGCUACAACACUGGAGUCAUCAAUGCUCCUGAGAUGAUCAUAAAGGACUUCCUCAAUUACAGUUUGGAAGAGAGGUUAGAAGACCCACCCACUGAGAUGUUACUCACGUCUCUCUGGUCCUUGUCAGUGGCCAUCUUCUCCGUUGGUGGUAUGAUUGGCUCCUUUUCCGUUGGACUCUUUGUCAACCGCUUUGGCAGGCGCAAUUCAAUGCUUAUUGCCAACCUAUUGGCUGUCGCUGGUGGCUGCCUUAUGGGGUUCUGCAAAGUAGCGGAGUCAUUUGAAAUGCUGAUUCUGGGCCGAUUGGUUAUUGGCCUCUUCUGCGGCCUCUGUACAGGUUUUGUGCCCAUGUACAUUGGAGAGAUAUCUCCUACUGCCCUACGGGGGGCCUUUGGCACUCUCAACCAGCUGGGCAUCGUCAUCGGGAUUCUGGUGGCCCAGAUCUUUGGUCUGAAAGUCAUCUUGGGAACUGAAGAUCUUUGGCCCCUGCUAUUGGCCUUCACCAUCAUUCCAGCUAUCCUACAAAGUGCGGCCCUUCCGUUUUGCCCCGAAAGUCCUAGAUUCUUGCUCAUUAACAGAAAGGAAGAGGAGGGUACUAAGAAGAUCCUCCAGCGAUUGUGGGGCACUCAGGAUGUGACUCAGGACAUCCAGGAGAUGAAAGAUGAGAGUGUUAGGAUGGCACAGGAAAAGCAAGUCACUGUGCUGGAGCUCUUUAGAGCACCCAACUACCUGCAGCCCAUCAUCAUUGCCAUCAUGCUCCAGCUCUCUCAGCAGCUCUCUGGAAUCAAUGCUGUUUUCUAUUACUCAACAGGAAUCUUCAAAGAUGCAGGUGUUCAGGAGCCAAUUUAUGCCACUAUUGGUGCAGGAGUGGUUAAUACUGUCUUCACUGUAGUUUCUCUAUUCCUGGUGGAUAGGGCAGGGAGGAGGACGCUACACAUGAUAGGCCUUGGAGGGAUGGCUUCUUGUUCUAUCGUCAUGACCGUUUCACUGUUACUAAAGGACGACUAUCAUUGGAUGAGCUUUGUCUGUAUUGGGGCUAUCUUGAUCUUCGUGGCCUUCUUUGAAAUUGGCCCAGGCCCCAUUCCCUGGUUUAUUGUGGCCGAACUCUUCAGCCAGGGACCCCGCCCAGCUGCAGUGGCAGUGGCUGGUUGUUCCAACUGGACCUCCAACUUUUUGGUUGGACUGCUCUUCCCCUCAGCUGCGUUCUAUUUGGGAGCCUACGUUUUUCUUGUCUUCUCCGGCUUCCUUGUUAUCUUCUUGGUCUUCACCUUCUUCAAAGUCCCUGAGACCCGUGGCAGGACUUUUGAGGAAAUUACACGAGCCUUUGAAGGGCAGACCCGGGAGGCCAAUAGAGCUGAGAAAGGCCCCAUGGUGGAGAUGAACAGCAUCCAGCCUGUAAAGGAGACCACCACCAAUGUCUAAGCCAUGCCUGCUUCCCGCCUCCCUCCCAACAUGAAAAAGCAACCUCUCCCUGAGUGAGGGAGAGACCUCAUCAGGUUGUAACCCAGGACUGUUUCUGAAUGCUGCUACUUGAUUCCUUUCUCAUCCCACACACUCCAUGAGCGCUCAGAGGAACCCAAUGCUGAGGUUAGUUGUAUCUUCAAUGGCUUUUUAAACAUUUCAUUUCUUGGACAUUCUCUUCUGUUUAGGAGAGACCAAGUGAACCUACCUUCAUUCCAGGAGGGAUUGGCCACUUGGCAUGUGACAGCUUUGCCAGCUCUUCCUCCCUUAGGUUCUAAUAUUGCCUCAUGAGGGCACAUAAGGGAGUGAGAGUGAGGGUACAAUUUCUCCAACCUCAGACUUACCAGGAAGCAAAUAUACAUGAGUGUGGAGGGCAGAGAAGGAUUAAAUAAGAGCACCUUCCUCCCUUCCAUACAGCUCUGCAGAGCAAAUUAACUUGAGUUUUAUUUAUUUUAUCUUCUGGUUUUACUGCAUAAAUAUUUAUUUUUUUAAGUGUAAAGUAAUUUUACCAAAUAAUGAAAACAUAGGGAAAUUGAGGUUAGAGGGAGGUGCUUAAAGAGAGGUUAUAGGAUGGAAGAUUUGAUACUGGAGAGGUUAAGGUGCAAUUACAAGGGAAGAAUUCAGGGAGAAAUGUAAUGCGUUAUUGGAGGGUAUAUGAUGUGGUGUGUGAGGUUUGCACUUUGCCUCUUAACAAUUUCUGUCCUUCAAAUGGAAAUUCUCAAGUUUAAUUUCUCAGAAAAGUCAUGUGCCUGUAUAAAGAAGCUAUUGGUUUCCUUUGGAACUUUUUUCUUUGUUUAAGAUUAUAUGUAGUAUUACUUGGAAUCCAGGAUUAUUACUAAGAUGGGCAUUGUCGUUAAUGGUUGAUGGGUUCUAAUUUUGGAUACAGUCCAGAGAAAGGAAGGUCAUUUCUAGAAAUCUUCUCUCCCCUCACUGGACCAGACAACUUCUUUUCCUUGUAGUGGACUCAGUUUUUUUUUAAGUACUCCUACCACCCAUCUGGUGGCAAAGCCCUCCAAAUGAGCAACCUAAAAUAUUGGUUCUUGGUAGAGGUUUGUUGUUUCUCCAUUUUCUUCUUUAGGAGAUUUUAGAUGUUGAUUUUUAUUUUGUUAUAAGCCAUAGCUUUAAAAGAAUUCAGAGGAGAAUGUUCAUAGCUAACUUGGAAUUUGUAACCUCCGCUCUGGGGGAGGAUUUUUUCUGAACGAUUAUUUAGUUGAAAUAUGUUCUUGCUUUAGGGUCAUUGCAUGCUUGUUUAUGUCUGUUACCAUGUCAAGUUAGCCUGUUACCAUGUUACCAUAGUAUUAUGUCAGGCGCUCUUAGAAGACUUGAAGCUUUCCCACACACCACGUUUGAGAUGGUAUUGAGUAAAUGUGCAGUGUAGCCCAUACUUGAGAGUAUGAAUGUACGUGCACUGUCACUUUGCUCAGGGUGGAAGUAGUUUAUUGGUAACUUGCUUCCUCUGUUCCUACAGCCCCCCAGAAGGUGUUAAAACUCCUCCCUAUGUAUGUAAAUAACACUGCCUCUGUGGUGGAAUUUGCAUCUAUGGUUUUCUUCCAGACUUUAGAGUUCAGUCUCAUCUGGCUACCUUUCCUUGUUGGAGAGUAGGGGGAGAACUCCCUAAAUCUUGAGGUUGCGAGUGGAGGACUCAGCUUCCCACCAGACUCAGACAAUGGGAGUAGGAAGGAGAGUGUGAGAUCAGGACAUGUGUCCUCCUGGGGGCGCUGGCGGGGAGUUGUGGGGGAAAGGGUGGCCUUCUUUGAAGGGGCUAAGAAACAAGCUGAAGACUUUUCUAACUCUGGAACGUUUCAGCGAGUUAGAUGAGGUGGGGGGAUUUACACUUGGUACAGGUCACCGACACCUCCACAAUCAUCUACUUUCCCAGUAUUUUUAUAAAUGGAGAUUGGACCCCGGUCUUCCUUUCUCGUAUGUUGCUUGAUCUCCCAUUCCCUCUUUGGUGCUUACACAUUUCAGGCCCUUUAGCCAAACCCUUGCCUAUGACAGUAUUUUAGUUCUCAGUUCUCACCAUUCCCUCUGGUCAUUGAGCCUUUGGAUAAAAACUCGCAGAGCUAUGGAAUGGGGCUUUGUUGGAACAGGUGACUUUCCUCUAACUGCAACUCUACUUCAGGCUCCUCAAAAGCGGUGGGUUGGCAGUGAUGGAGUGUGGAAGUUUUCGCAUUUCUCAGUGACCAUAUUGUGAAUAUUUCCAAAUGGAUUUUCUAUUAUUGAUGUUACUGUGGUUCUUUGUUUUGAAAUAAAAAUUCUGAAUGUACAUAUGA